AUGGCAGACCUUGUCGACCCGUGCAUCAAGGAGUCCGCCCUCGUGGUCGUACACGUCGGCGAGAGAAAGAAGGACUUCGAAACCAUACAGCGAGGACACCUGCUCAGUCGUACCAACAUCUUCAGCAAGCAGCCAGUGGCGAGUCCGGAUGACGACACAGCCGCAAUAAUCAGAAUUCUGGAUACGACAGCUGAUGACCUUUGGUAUCUAGUCAUUUAUGCUGGCUAUCUCCGCAGAGGCUCAAGCACGAUCCAGUUUCCUGUCAACAGCGAAGGCCAUGCAAAGGACGAAGCGUGCUAUCACGUUCUCGUCGAACUCUGUAUUUUCGGUGGCAAAAUCCAGGACGAGAGCUUCCAGGACGAUGUUAUAGAUGCAAUACUGGCGAAAUACAGUGAAGGUGUGGCAGCGGUAGAGCCUCUGGAGCCAGACACCAUCGAGGAAGUCUACAAUCAGACAAUGCAGGGCUCGCCGCUCAGACGCCUAGCCGUCGAUAUGCAUCUGUGGGUACAAUUUGAACGGCGAUACAUCGAGAAUGACUUCGAAAUGUGCCCCAAGCGCUUCCAGCAAGAUUUCAUCAUGGCAGUGCUAGAUCGACUCCCGAACCGCGAGUUAUGGCUCGUACAAGCACUGAUAGGAGGUCUCAGAGGCAAUGAUGCAUCUCAUCACCUCACCAAGAUGCUGAACAACAUCCCUCCGCUGCCACGUGGUACCGUCAUACCCGUCACUGUUAGCUGCUGCGACUACCAUUUGCAUGCUCAGGGUGCCAUUUGUGGCAACAAGAAACGGAAGAGGGAGGCUGAAGAAGCUACUGGCUGA